AUGGACACUUUUGUGCCGCUGGCUACCUGUGCAAUACAGUCCGUGGCCACAGUCGCUACUUGCUCGGCAGUGGGCGUGCAUGCCCGUCGUCAAGGACUCCUCCAGGAUUCCAACGAGAAAUUUUUGGACAAGUUCGUUUCCUCAGUGUGCCUGCCGUGCCUCAUUUUGCGGAAAGCUCCGCCUCUCAUAAGUCCGGCGCAGCUCUGGAGCGUUUGGCCCUUGCUGGUUGCGUGCAUUUGUGUGGUCUUGUUUGGUCUCUUCGCCGGGAAGCUGGCAGCCAAAGCCGUUGGGGCGGGCAACUACACUGGUCUGCUGAUGACCGCAGUGGCCUUUCCAAACUCUUUCUCGGUCCCCAUGACCUUGCUACUCAGCAUCGGCCCGCAUCAGGCUCUCCUAGAUGAGACGGAAGCCGAACGCUUCGCCGAGAGCCCUGCAGAGGUGGCACAGGAAGUCCACGACCGCGUAGUGCUGCUCUUCCUCUCGAGCUACCCGCUUUGGGUCGUUGCCCGUUGGGGCAUCGGGUUUCCGAUUCUUUCCGGUGCGCUCUCUUGCGCCCAGUGGCGGGAGAAAGUUCUGAAUCCUCCAGUGAAGGCCAGUUUGAUGGCUCUUCCUCUUGGUCUCGUCUACCACCUCCAAGACGCUGGCCCUGCUUGGGCUUGGGAAGCAGUGGCAGAGUCGCUAAAGCCAGCCGUCAAAGCGCUGGAGUACGCUGGACGAUGCACUGUGCCAUUGCUUCUAAUGGGGCUGGGCGCGAAGAUAGACGGCAGCUUCAACGAAGUUCGCAAAGCGCCUCCUUCGACAGGAUACCAGAAGCUUGAGACACCUACAGCACCACCGACAACCAUCAAGAUUGGUGCUGCCCAAGAGCCGAGCGAUGCAGAUGCAGGGGACGGGGAGAGCGGCACAAAGAAUGCUGCCCCCACGACAUCUCCCAGCAGCACCUGCCCGCCGCCUCUUCCGCGGUCGGCGUUGCUCGCGGUGAUGAUGCUACGUCAAUUUUUGGGACCUUUGCUGGGCCUUGGACUGGUAUUUGUUUUGAAGAAGUUGUUCGGUGUGGCGGACCGUCUCGUCCUCAUGACGAUCCUCCUUCAAACAUGUGGUCCUCCAAUGAUCAACCUCGCUGUGAUGGCCGGGGUUUCGGGGAAUGCUGAGAAGGAAACAGCGCGGCUUUUGCUCGUCACUUACUCCGCCUCCGUGUUGACGUGGGUGCUUUGGACGACUGUUUUCCUGGCCGUGCUGUAG